CAGAGCAAGGAGACCUUCGUGUCUCAGAAACCUCAUUUGUCUUGAAACCAAACCAAUAAAAAUCAGAGUCCCACCGCCAUGGCUUGCUGUGUCCCCUGCUGCUGCAGCGUCCCCACCGGCCCCGCCACCACCAUCUGCUCCUCGGACAAAUGCUGCCGCUGCGGAGUCUGCCUGCCCAGCACCUGCCCACACACCACUUGGCUACUGGGGCCCACCUGCUGUGACAACUGCCCCCCACCCUGCCACAUUCCUCAGCCCUGUGUGCCCACCUGCUUCCUGCUCAACUCCUGCCAGCCCACCCCAUGUCUGGAGACCAUCAACCUCACCACCUGCACUCAGCCCUGCUGUGAGCCCUGCCUCCCAAGCUGCUGCUGAUGGAGGCAGCUUUGCUCAGCGCCUGGCGUGAAAGAGUCUACCCAGAAGCUUUAUUGUUCACCCGUCUCAGUAUCUGCAACUCAUUGACUUUGCUUUCAAAGUUGGAACAAGGAUGACAGGAUUACUGACACACCACCGCUACCA